UUCCUUAUCCGGGCUUCUCCUGGCUCUAAAACGAGCACACCCACCGCGCUCCAAUGGCAAGGUGGAACAACAGGUAGGCGUCCUCCAACCACCUCCCUCGGCUCGGUCGGUGAGUCUCGGAGACACAAGUGGACCCGCCAUGCGCUGCUUGGAAAUGAGACCUGAACUUCGCGUGUUGUUUGCUUAAUUGUCUGAAGCAGUUUUUUGAAGUGUGGAGGAGUUUCUUUGUUCUACGAGCUUUAUUUGGCCAAGAAACACCUCAGAGAGCUGCUCGGAAAAGUGUCCUAAUUAAUAAAUCAGUGGUUCAUUAUCGGAUAAGUCGCAUUGGUGACAUCACGCGCAGGGGCAUCACACGAUGUGGACAUGCUGAUGCUGGCAUAUUAUCUUCACCACUGAACUGAGCUGAUCCAAAGAGGUCAGAGGCUCUCUGACAUAUAGAUCACCUCCCCCCGACUGAAGGAGGACAUGGAAGUCCUGCGCAAGUCAUCAGUGUUUGCUUCAGAGGUCUUGGACGUGUUUGACCGAUCGCUGACUGAAAAGGAGCUGGUGUCCCAGUCCAAGGCACUGUGCAGAGACUACAUCUUGUCCAGACUCACCCAGAACGGGUUGGGAUGGUCCAAAACUGAGCUCAAUUUUUCUCCCUCGAAUGCAGCGCUGGCUGAAGUGUCUAUGGUGCUUCUCUGUCUUGGCGAUGAGCUGGAGUGUAUACAGCCUACUUUGUACAGGAACGUGGCGCGGCAGCUCAACAUUUCAGUUGCCAUGGAGAACAUGGUUUCGGAUGCCUUCAUCGGCGUAGCAACAGAGAUUUUCUCAGCAGGCAUAACAUGGGGUAAGGUGGUGUCCAUGUAUGCAGUAGCUGGAGCCCUGGCAGUGGACUGUGUCAGACAAGGCCAUCCAGCCACAGUACACAUCUUAGUGGACAGUCUGGGACAGUUUGUCCGCAAAUUCCUGGUUCCCUGGCUGAAGAGACGGGGAGGGUGGAGAUCACAAAAUGUGUGGUGAAGAAGGAUCUUGCUCCUGAAGAAAACUGGCUGUCAUCCACCUUUGAGUCUCUCAAAUACUUCCUGACCACGCUAUAUGUCUACAUCAUGAAGGAGCCUUAAAUGAACAGCAGGGGGGUGUCAAAUGUGGGAUUAAAAAAAAAAACAAAGCUGGAGUGAAGAGGGUCGCUGUGGUUGAUGGGGAUUGAGCCUGCUGGCAGAUUUCAGUCUGCUGCUGAAUGACCAUCAACAGAUAUUUGUGUUCUCUCAGUGUUGGCUGAGCCUGUAAAGUGGUUACCCUUCAUCCAAAGAGUAGUCACCAUGUUCUUUAAGAGCACAUCACUCCACCGCUAUGUAUUUUCUCACUGCUGUAACCGGUGUAGUAAUCAAGGCUUCUCCAGUGCUGUAAUGUGAGGCUGUUCAUUCUCCUGAGAUAAACACUCAGAUGGUUUGAUGUGGUGUUUCUCUCAGAAUAUACACACGUGAAACUGAUGCUCAGCUGGCUGGGUCCUGUUGUGAGGUUUGAGUCUGAAAAGUGAGCUCAUACCUCAGAGUGAUAUCAGGUGGUUUCAACUGUUUACACUUCAUGAGUUUAUUCUAUUGUAUUUCACCAAAGCACAAAGUCUUUUCCCAAAUGUGAUCCAGACUGACUCACGAAACACCCCGACUGAGAGAAACGUUGGAUCUCAUUGCGCUUAUUUUUGGCCAAAGAACUCGAGGAAUGGUAUAUACUGAAUGUGCAUAUUUUUGUGGAUGCUGAUUUCCUUUUAAAUUUGUAAAUAAUCUAUUUAUGAUUUUAUUUUUUUAUUUAAUGAUUUGCAUUUUAAAGCACUGCAGUAUGAGGACGCCGCUACAGUGACUCUUUGAUGAUUGUGUGUGAUGGGUGUCACUUUAAGUGUGAGCUUGUAAAGGUGUAUGUCUAAAAGUUUUUAUGAAACCUAUAAUAAACUUGAAAAUUCA